CUCUCUCCACUUCGUGGUGUUUUUGUUGUCAAAAACGCCUCUGUGGUUGAAUCGGGAACUUCAAAACGGAGAAACAUGAGAGUUGAGGAUUGUGAAAACUUAGUGAUAAGUGAUAAACAUUUGAGUAAAACACUCGGAAAGAAAAAUGUUUGAAUUUCGAAUACCCAUAGGAGUAUCAAAAAGUGUACAGACUACGAAAUUGUGAUGAAAGCGGGACCGUUCGCCGGGAUAAAUAUGUCCAAUACUAUGAAUUCACUGGUUCGAUGUCCCGGCGUUUAUUGCGGUCGAGAAUUGUUGCCAGAUGGUAAUUGGACUGACUGCGGAGCUUGUCCUCGAGGGUUUAGAAGUAAUGUGUGGUCAGCUUGCGUACAAUGCGAUGAUGUGCCAAUGUUUUAUGACUGGCUCUACCUUGGGUUCAUGGCUCUUCUCGCGCUCGUUUUACACUGGUUCUUCAUUGAUAUGGUGGGAAUGAUUCGAAGCAUCACUAAGGAAAUCUUAGCCAUGCAUGCCUCUGCGCUCUUCGAGAUAGUCACAGCAUCAUUGAUAACUCUCCAACUGACGGACCCCAUGGGAUCUUUCCAUAUACGAUCGUGCAAAAGUACUAGACUCUCUGACUGGUACACGCUGCUGCAUAAUCCUAAACCCAAUUACGAUACAGCUUUGCAUUGCACGCAAGAAGCUGUUUAUCCGUUAUACACCAUGGUUUUCAUCUUCUACGGUCUGGGAGUACUGAUCAUGUUACUGAUUAGACCUUUAGUAGCACGAAAAUUUUUGCCCAGGCAAGGAAAAUUAUCAAUCUAUGCUGCCUUAUACUUCUUCCCCGUUCUUGCGUUGCUUCAUGCCGUUGGUGGGGGAUUGAUAUAUUACGCGUUUCCAUACAUCACGCUCAUCCUGUCAGUCCUUUCAAACGCGGCGCACUUUGCUUUUAAAAUGAAUCAGACGAUGAAAUCUCUCUUACUGAGCUCCGUAACGGAUAUUAAGAACAUUAUUGUGAUAUUGGGACAUUGGUUGAUGCACGGAUAUGGCAUCGUGGCCGUUGCGACUCUUUGGGGGAUGAACAUUCAUCCGGCGUUACUGGUACUCGUACCCCUUCCGGCUUUAUUCUACAUACUUACCGCGAGAUUUACAGAUCCCCACAAACUCCAUAUCGAGUGAAAUCUUUUAAGUAUAUUGUAUAUAUGAAGUUUUUAAACGAAACGAAACGAAAGAUAAAAAUAAAUUCAACGUUCAUUUUA